AUGGAGACAUGCAGAUGCUGGGAUUGUGGGGGUGGGCCGGCAGUUGACGGGCUGCUGCUCACUGGCUCUAUUGUGUUUCGUUGCUCGCAUGGCGUUGCUACUGGUGGCGUCAUGGCCCGUGGUAUCUUUGUCGCCGGCACCGAUGGCAUCACCACUUUUUUGGGAUCGGCAGAGCUGUCGAUGCUGCUCCAUCUUUCUAAUUGGAUGACAUGUCACCUAUUUCCCUUGGUGGCGAGACUGCUGGUCUGGGAAUUUGGCCAGAGAGACCUGGCCAAAAGGUUUCAAGUUGGCGGUUUCCACCUAAAUCUUCCCCUCGUGAUGGUACCAAUAAGCCCGCUUCGUACCAUCAUGCAGGACUCGUGGCCAGUGCUGAUAGGAGGGCCAGAUAAAUGUCGGGGAUCAAUCUUGCCCCAACGUGACCACUUGCCUGCCUUUGUCCGGUCAGUGCCGAUCCUUCCCCCCUCGAUUCAGAGUGGUACAAACACGAAUGAGCAGCAUACGGCUCGGGACGGUCGCGUAGUCCAACGGCUCGUACAGGCGACGUCAGCUGGUGAUAUUGCAGACUUACGAGGGAGGAAUCGACGAUGGGUUGUUGUUCGAAACAGUGUGGCCUUCCGGAUGGGAAUCUGCCCACCCAAUGUAGUAGAUGAAGGGCACUCGAAACAGCGUCGAGGAAACACCAGUUGCCCGUUGGCUAUCUUGGAGAGUGACAGUGUCACCCCAGGCAUCAUCCAGAGAGCCAUAGAAACCUACCCCAGCUUGCCAGUCCGAGUUGGUCAGGGACAACUGGGAUGGGAAGUCAAUUUUGCGUGGAUUGCACGGCUGCUCCCCCGUCACGCGGGAGCGGCUUGUCGCGGUUCAGAUGCAAGGUAA